AUGGCGUCGACAUCUUGCUCAAUCCAGAGAUCUUCCUCGCCACCUCCGUCAACCUUGUCCUCGCCUCCGGUGUCCCUACCGCGCCACCAGUUAUCGCCGCCGCGAACUUACAGCUUGGAAGAAAUAUCGCGCAAGAGAAGGAGCGUGGAAGCAAAGCAAGACGCAUCACUCAUCCACGGUUUCGAUCUCAAACCCCACGCCAAUGAGAUCCUCCAAUCGGAGGACGUCUCGAAAUUGCAAAGCGCAAUCGAAGAAUUUGUCAAAACCCCACUUAAGAAGAAGAUCAAACCCAAACGCCUCUUCGAUUCCCUCGCACUCCAUUACCCAAACGCGUUUUCCUUCAAGCUCGCAAAACUCCUCAGCCUUCAACCCCCGCUAAACAUCCGAACCGAGGCCGUGGCUCUUCUCCACCAGAUUCUCGCCGAAACCCACGGCGACAAUAUGCGGAAAAUCAAUGCCUCCAUUCUUGCGGAACUCAAAAAGCCUCUCCUCGAAUCACUGAAGAUGGAGAACGAAGAAUCACUGUUCCCUCUGCUCUGCGAAACGAUCGGCGAUGUCGUUUACAGGGUUUAUGAAUAUCCUCUAGGUGGUUGGGAAGAGCUUCUUGGGUAUGCUUGCUCGUGCGUUUCUGGUGAUUCGAAAUUGAACAGUAGAAAGGGGCUCGUGCUAAUAACGGAAUUUCCAUUGGAAGUUGCUGAUAGCAGAGAAUUCUGGGAGCAGGGGAAAUACAUUUCGCUUGUCACGAAUGUCUUGAAUUACAGUGACUCAACCGAUCAGAAAUUGCAGGAAUUGAAAUUUGAUGCCUCACUUGUAUUGAUCGGAUUAUCUUUAAAUCUCUGGAGAACCAAAGUCGGUGCUUCUCUUUUGCCAAUAAUCUUGGAAUUCAUUGAUCAACAUGCGAAAGAAAAGACUGUGGUGGGUAGGGUUCGAAACUUGGCGGAGCUGAUUUCACUGGAUAUUGAUGGUGAACUCUUUGAGGGGAAAGAGGGUGAUGUGUUUUCGGGUAUGCUUCGACUCCUGGAAAUGAAAGGGGCGAGUGAGGAGCUAAGGUGUGCGGCGAUUCAUGUUCUUAAGGAGCUUGAUGAGGUUAACACGAAUGUGAUGGAGAGUUUGAUAAAGAAUCUGUCUCCUGUGAAAGUGAAGAGGUUUCUUUCACUUUCUAUGGACAUGUUGUUGUGUGUUAAAGAUGAUCCUCUUUGGUAUGAAGUGGACAAUGAGAAAUGUGAAGAGGCUGGGAUGUCAGAGAGUUUCACCCGUGGAAAGUUCUUGCUAAGAUGGCUCUCUUUGGGAGGGGAUGCAAGUAUAGUCGUUCCCACAGUAUUUGAGAUGGUAAGAAAAACAUAUGUAGCUGAUAAGGAUUGGCGGAAACGUCAUGCGGGAAUGAUGGCUCUUGGCACUAUUGCAGAUGGACACAAAAAGGACAAGAUUCAGCACUUUGAGCAAGUUGAAAGAGUGGUCCUUACGUUACUAAAUGAUCUGCACCCCCGCCCAAUACUCAGAGUGAUGUCAUCAGUUCAUAUAGUUGAGGAGGAAAUUCAUCAUACUCAAGGGGUGGACACUAUAAUGGUGAUUGUUGGCAGGCUCACGCUCAUUUCAUGGUUUGACUCCAUGGUUUUCCCACGAUCAUCAUCACUGACCGAAGUGGGAUAUGCUGUUGUAGUCAUUCGUUUCUUUGUUACAAAUUGUGGAUUGGACAGAACGGCAUCUUUUGGGGAAGUAAUUGUGAAAAUAUUGCUUUUACUUCUUAAGGCUCAUGAAAAGCAGAAGUUACAGGAAGAAGCAGUGGAAACCCUGGCAUUAAUUGCAGUUUCGAUACCAGCCAAUUUUCGUAAAUUUUACGAUGCAACAAUGAACUCACUUAAAGCCACUCUGCUUCAUUACUCUAGUUUACCUAAAUUGUUGCUCCGUGCCAAAUGUCUAGAAUGCAUGAGUAGUAUUGUCUUGAGAGUUGAGCAAGAUAAGUUCAAAGAACGGGAAGUUGUUGUGGCCAUAUAUUCUCUCCUAUCACUCGUAGAAAAAUUGAGGAGUACAGAUUACUUAAUAAGAACCCACAUCUUAAAGGCACUUCAUCAAUUCUUCCAAUGCCCAAGAGUGGAUAUUGACAGAUUUAUGAAUAAAGUGAUGCCUAUGUUGCUUCGAUCUGCUCAACUAGAUAUUGACAUAAACGAUGAUAGGUUUGCCUUUACAUUAUAUUACCCUGGCUUUGAUUGA